CGCUUUUUAGCAAAAAUUAGUUUUUAUUAAUUACGUUGGACUAAGAAUAUACAAAUGGAAAACAUAAAGAUAACAAAUACUUGGAUUCGCUCUCCAUAUGUGUUUAUCACAUGAUCAAAUGAGUUAAAAACAUACCUAUUUUUCCCAUGUAUCAAGAACUUUAAUGUAAGUGUUUGAUCGUAAUGUGUAUAAUUUUCAGUGGUGGAUGUGGACAAGUAUUGGACCAAACAGACGGAUGUAUAUGUAUUUUCAUCAAUGGCAUAUAGACGAUGGCGUGCAUUGCAUGUUAAGUGUGCAAAGAGAAAUAUUUAUCAACAUUCACAUUAUAACUGCAUCAAAAUACAGAGUAACGUUAUAUUCUAGUCAUUUAGAAUAGGUGUCGACCUGAUCGCUUAUAACUUAACACAUUCACAAUUGGAAAUCAGAGAAUAUGAAAUACCAUGGAAAUAGAAGCUAAUACAAGUUGAAAUUGUAUAAGCAUAGAAUACAAUGAAGUGUGAUCUUUGAUUUGCAUUAUGUCUGAAAUCGUCAAUGUAUGUGAGGACAACAGGUGGACCUAUAGGAGGUUUUGUGAGCUUUCCUAUGGAAUUAACAUUUGCAGUGGAAUCAAAAGUAUGUCUAUUCAUUUCCUCGUAUUCUUGUUAAUCCAGAUUACAGGACUUGGAAUAUUUUUGAUAUAUACUCUGUAUUAUACAGAUUCCGGUGUUUUAAGUGAAAUAGCAUGGAACUGAAAUACAGUCGAAAGUAGUGCAGAAAGUAUUGCAGGGACGAAUAUAUCUGAUUUCACUAGAUAUUCUAGUCUGCGAAUUAAUGAGUCACUGGGGAAAUUUAAUUAUAUACCUGAACAAAGAAAAACUUUAUACGUGUGGAAAAGAGAUGGUGCCGUUCCUGUAAAACCCUCCACAUUACUGUUUGCUGGGAAAGAGAGGGCUCUCGUGAAUGAGGACAUCUGCACUAAAUUAGAGAACCGGACAAAAAACAACAUCACUUUAACUGCAGAUCCAGAGCGCAUAGAUUGCAAGGCGCUGCGAAGAGAAAUGGACGAAAUAAAUGGGUACGUCUUCAUGGACGAACUAGACAUGCCAAUCGCUUACAGUAUUUUAGUGUAUACAGAUUACGAAAUGAUAGAGCUCUUAUUACGUACAAUUUACAAACGUCACAACACAUACUGUAUACAUAUUGACGCCAAGUCGCCGGAACCUUUCAGAAACCGUGUGUUGAAGCUUGCAAACUGUUUCGACAAUGUGAUGAUAGCCACAAAACUAGUCAGCGUCUAUUGGGGCCAGUUUUCCAUACUGGAAGCUGAAAUGUCAUGUAUGAAAGACCUUUUGAACAAGACAAAGACUUGGAAAUAUUUCAUUAAUUUGACUGGACAAGAAUUUCCGCUAAGAACUAAUUACGAAAUUGCCAAAAUACUAGGAGCACUUCGAGGUCACAACAACAUGAGAUGCAAUAAAAACUUUGAACGUUACCGUUUACGUGGGUCGGGUCCGCCUCCGCACGGUUUGGAAGUUUACAAGAGCUCAACCCAUGUCAUACUUACUAGGAAAUUCGUCGAAUAUUUACUGACCGACAAGAUAGCACAGCGUGUUUUAAUGUGGUCAAGAAAAAUACUGAUACCCGACGAGAUGGUAUUUCCAACACUGAACUGCAACAGAAAGCUUAAGGCACCAGGAUCUUAUGAAGAAUAUCCAAGUUUGUACGAUCAUAACAAGAGCUUUGUUUCAAGAUACAAAAUAUGGAGACCGGGAAACACCCAGUGCCACGGGAAAAUCGUGCGGGGCAUAUGUAUAUUUGGGCCACGUGACGUUGAAAAUUUACUGACGAGACAUGAACUUUUCGCCAAUAAAUUUCACUUCAGUGAAUUUCCCGAAGUGCCAUUCUGUUUACGAAAUAUAUUAUUAAAAAGAACUAUUUUAGAAUAUAAAGGGUAUAUGGAUUUUAAUGUAUCAUUUUAUAACAAUAUACCUUACAAAUGGUAACAUAUUAUUCAAAAUUACAAUAUGUUUUUGUUUGCAAUUAAAAUAUUGUCUUCUUUUUAUUCUAUGCUAUUUGUUUAAGUCGUCUUUUCAGAAGUACGCUCAAAUAUAUAUAAAAAUACAAAAUACAAAAUGUACAGAUUGAAGCUUGUGCAGUCUAUAUAAUUAUUCUUUGUAAUUAUUAAAUUUAAGGUAAUUAUGCACGUUUGGUAAACCGGAAGUGAUAGCGUAGCGUCAUUUAUCCGGAAAACGUGGGAUAAAGCCUGGAUUCGGCGUACGGAAAUGAAAAUCAUUCUAUGAAUGAAUGGCAACCCAUGAGUAAAUUUAUUACAAUGGAACUUUUACUGUCUAUUUAAAGUUAAAAUAUGAUAUUAAAACAUCUGACACGUUAAAUAAUUCAAAAUAAUGUCUUAAAAGUGUCUUUAAAUGUGCAUUUCACAUUAAUUAUGGUCAAAUAUUUCAAAAAUAAGCACACGGACAUAUGUAUUUUAUUUCACCAUAUUAUAGACCAUAUGUUCGUUUACGACUGUCAGAAGUUUCAUUAAAAUCUGCAUUGUAGAAAAAAAUAUAUUUGCAAAAACGUUAUGAAAGUUGUGAUUUUGCCGUUGACCCCCUUUAUGAAAAAUUGCGUAUGGUUCAAUUUUUCAAAUCAGUCUAGUGAAAAAUCAAGCACACUAUCAUAUCUUUUUUAUUUGCUGAAUUUUCUAAGUAUAUUCUGAAGUUUUGAAAAAUCAGGGUUUAAUCAAAUUCUACAUUGUAGAACAAAAUUCGAUCAAAAUGUGCAGAACUACCUUAAACAAACUUAUUCGGUAUAAAAAAAGAAAAUAAAGUUCGUUUCUGUCAAACAAACAUUUAUUAAUAUAAAUUUACAAACGUGUAAUUCUGAAAGUUUCAAAAAAAUAACCAAAAGAAUAGAAGAAAACGUAUGGUCAUACUUGGGCUUUAUUGUUCAAGGUCAGAUGAAUGUAUGACAUUCGGUGAAAAUGUCUCUCUUCCUUUGCAAUAUGAUUUGCUGAUUUGCCAAAUAAAACUAAAACUGUAACUGAUUAUUACACAACGCUAGGUAUGCCGUAUUUUUUAUGCACAAAUAAUCCCAAAAAUCACAAUCACGUGACGUUGGACUCUUAGUCUUUAGUUUACAGAUAAUACUAUUUCUGUGACUGCUUUAUAUUGAUCCAGACAUUAAUAAACAACUGAAUGGUGGAUAGAAAUCACCUCUUCUCUAUAGGAAUUUCUACAUUUUGUCAUUGUUUUCUCUGUUU